AGGGGAAGGAGGGACGGACCUCGCGCGAAGGGGAUAAAGGACGCCAACCGAGGAGUGGCAGAAGAGGAAAGAGGGCGCAGAGGGAGGAGGAAAAAUAAAAAGGGCGGCACGCACCGGGAGACAGUUCUCCCCUGUGGCACGUCCUGUUCCUUUGGUUUGGUUUAAAAUAUUUUCGCCCCGCCUUGGGCCCUUGAAAAGGACCCAAGGCGGCUCACAUCCUUGUAAGACCCUAGUCGAAGACUGAAAACGAGGUGUGGCGACUCCCCUCCUUGAAAGGCGACCUUUAAAGAUAGGAUACAAGGAGCCUAAAGAGGCUGCUGAGCAGAGGGGUUGGACUCCGGGGCCUCACAGGCCCCUUCCCGCUUCAUGGCUCUUAAGAGUUGCCCAGCCUUAAAAUCCCAUUAUUAAGGCUGAGAACCAUAAGGAUGCAAAUAUUUGCAGGAGACGCUCAAAGAGGGGUGCCUUGGGUCCGAGAGACCCUCUGUGUGUCCUGGCAGAUAAACACAUCCGUACAGCGAAUGCCUCCCCAGUUCUUGGCUUCUAAGUGGGCUUAUUUUGCCGUAGUUCGCCAGCCACGGCCUCUUCUUUCCAGCUUGGGCUGGCGGCACCAGGAUCAGGGAAAGGCACAGGUUGAGGACCGAGCGAAGCCUCCUGUUCCUUCGGGUCCCGUGGCUACUGAUAAAAACGGUUCGGUUGUGAUCUCUGUACACGCCAAGCCCGGAUCAAAACAAAACGCGGUCACAGACCUGGGUGCGGCUGCAGUCGGGGUAGCCAUUGCUGCACCUCCGUCCGAAGGAGAAGCCAACGCAGAGCUGUGUCGCUACCUUUCGAAGGUUCUUGAAGUGAAGAAGACCGAGGUGGUUUUGGAGAAGGGUGGCAAAUCUCGAGAAAAAUUAGUGAAGAUUUUGGCACCGUUGAUUCCAGAGGAAGUUCUAGAGAAGCUGAAAAGAGAAGCUGCAAGCUAAAGCAAAGAAAGGAAAAAAACGACCAUGUCUUAGCUUGUGCCUGUGAAGAACCACAAAGAGAUGCCUCUGAAAGCACAUGGAAAAAAUAUAUAUACGCGGCGGAGAGCGUAACCAUAAUUUCACAGGCAUAGCUGUCAGGCUUAAUUUUAAGGGCAGAGACCAAGACGUCGAUAAGGCAAGAUCAAGACACAAGGUACAAAUAUUAUGCUUAGGGUAGUUUCAGAAGGGACUGAAACAUGAAAACGGUUUUUAUCUGUAAGUAUAAAACACAUGCCUUUUCUCAGCUAGACUGGAAAUAAGUGAACCUGUGGGGUUCCCACCCUGGCACAGGGUUGAAUCCUGCCCAUGACUUAAGAAGGAUGUGUUGCAACUCCUUUAUAAUCUGGAAAGGGCAACUGUUCAUAUAAGAAGAAAAUUUGAAACCACCACAAACAUCUAUGUUUAAAUCAUUUUUUAAAAUAUUCAAUAUAUCAGAACUUUCCUUGAGUCCCUACUACAUAGAAUCGAGUGCCUGCAAAUCUCACAGUGACUUCUGCCGUCGUUUCCCUUUAUUCAGUUUUUACUAAACCUGUUUGUUUUAUUCCUUUAUGGUAGACAAAUCAGUGCUCUUUGAAACCGUGUUUUAAAAGCAUUAAGGAUAUUUAAUAAGUAUUUAAAACAUUCUGUAAAGGCAUAUUUAACAUAUUCUCUAUAAGGCCCAUUCUGGAAUUCAUCUUAAAAAACCAAAGACGACCAUUUCAGAAUGAUGCAGGUUUGGUUUUUCUCCCUGCGUUCCUGCGCUCCCCUGGAAUCAGAACACAGACCUCUUCCCCUGUUGUUGCAGCUUUGGGCUUUUCCUGUUCGCAUGGUGUAGGCGGUUGUCUCUUUCACCCUCCUCGUUUUUGUGUUAAAUGGCUGUGUUCCUCUUGCUUUCCUUGCCUAAUUAAAGGCAUCGUUCCUCUA